AGGCACAAAAGGGAGAUGUGGCGCUUCGCCUCUUCGAAAUGUCCCGCCUAAAAAAUGCUAUGGAGCGUAACGCAGAAAAAUGAAAAGAACAUCGCUCCAAGGUCAGCCUGUCGAGCGUCAGUGAAUGCGCACAAUCCUCGGUUUCGGAACCCUAGGCGCCGUGGCGAGAUGCCGACGUGGCAGAUUCAUUCCGAUGGGGAGAACACCUUCCGGUGGAAAUUGUCCGACCAAAAGCCAUCUAGCUGUGUCCUUGCUCCGCUUCCCCCUCCGGACUCUCAGCGCCUUCCCUCAAUGUCUGAUAUCUUGCACCGUCAAGAGAAGGCUUUCACAUUCCGAGAAGAAUUGGGGAAGUCCAUGGAAGUGAAGCAGACCUCUCUAGACAAAGCAGCAUCUGUUGUCCAGGAUGGACGCACCGCAGUAUUUGGAGAAUGCAGUGGUAGAGACAGUGGGACUGGUUCUCUGAAUUUCAUGCCCCACACAGACUCAGAUAAUGCAAUCAAUCGUUAUAAACAUGCUUUUCAAAAUGGUGCAGGGAAAUCAGUAAAUACUUCGUUGUCAUUGUUUCAAACAGGGUCCGGUAAAGCUGUCACUAUAUCUCCAGCAGGGCUUGUAAGAGCCAGAAAGUUGUUGAACUUGAAUGAAACAGAGAGGUUUCAAGACUUCGAGCAGACAAACAAACAGUCAAAUUAUUAUGACGAGCCUUAUGAAUGGCAAUGUUCAUCUCCUUUACGAAAGAAUACUGAUGGGGAUAUUCCAGAUUAUUUGCACUCUGCACCUAAACCACAUCCGAUUAAGUUUCAAACAGCUGGUGGGAGAUCAAUUUCUGUUUCUAGUAGUGCAUUGAGUCGAGCAAAAAAACUGCUUGGAGAUCCAGAGGAUAGCUGUGCUCUAGAGGAUAAAGAUUCAGCUUCUCCUAUGUUUUCAUUUUCUGAUGAAAGAAAAUCCAACUGUAACCUUUCAACUAUUAAACGUCAGUCUUGUACUCCAUCGCAUCAACGGUCAACACACAGUGUAAGUUAUUCUGGAAGGUUUACAUCUCCCCUGAAGUCUACUCUACAGAAAAGGCAGUUGACCGUGAAGCUCGAUAAUAUCCAUCCAGCAAACAACUUAAUCAAGCAUUUUGAUGCAGUGGCAAAUGAUGGUGCAAACGAGUCACAUAAUGCUAUUCAUUGUUGUCAAAACCUUUUACAACAGAAAUCCAAUAUGUUGCCUCCGAGUUAUAAUGAAAAAGAUAUCUAUUCAAGUCACACAUCACCUCAAACAUCACUUCGAACAUCAUCAAUUGGGGUACUAACUGAUAUCUCAAACACUACUGCUGUUGGACGUCCAGAUGGCACGCAGAAGAUUACUGAGAAGAGAAGACUUGGAAAUUGCUUUGUUUCUCCUUUCAGGAGGCCUCGCUUGGAAAAAUUUACUCCACCUCUGAACAAGAAUAUGCCAGUCAUUCAUAAUGGGAUGUCAAAUUUAGCACCAAAGGAAUCAACAUUUAAAGGAAGAGUUUCAGACUGGUACCCAUUUGAGGCUUCACGUUUGUAUAUGGAGGAAUACCUUGGAGAGCCCCCAAGAUUCCAAAGCAAGCUAGUAAAUGUUGGAGAUCAGGUGAGAAGAAUGAGUCCAGAAACAGCUGAGUCAUACCUGUUCCAUGAUGAACAUGGCUCUACCAGUCUGGGAGCAGAUGCUUUUUUCCUAAUGCUAUCUCACUGUGGAGCUUCACAUCAGUACUUUUCUAAAAUGUGGGUUGCAAAUCACUACAAGUGGAUUGUUUGGAAACUCGCAUCUUAUGAAAGAUGCUUUCCCGCCAAAUUUUCUGGGAAACUUCUGACAGUCUCUAAUGUGCUGGAAGAGUUGAAGUAUAGAUAUGAGAGGGAAGUACAUUAUGGCCAUCGAUCUGCAAUCAAAAGAGUUCUAGAAGGCGAUGCACCAUCAUCAUUGAUGAUGGUGUUGUGCAUUUCUUCCAUUGGUCCAGUUUAUGACACCAAAAAUAGACUUCAAGAUCGACCUAUUUCAUCUACAGGGAUUACUAUAAACUCUGCUUCAAAAAUAGAGCUAACUGAUGGGUGGUAUUCAAUUACUGCUGUUUUAGAUGGAGAGCUUUCGAAAAAGUUAGCUGCCAAAAAACUGUUUUUAGGCCAAAAACUCAGGAUCUGGGGAGCUGGCCUAUGUGGCUGGACGGGGCCUGUUUCACCUCUUGAGGCCUCAAAGGAACCUAGUUUAACAUUGCAUAUAAAUGGGACAUACAGAGCACAUUGGGCAGACCGCUUGGGAUUUUGCAAGGACAUAGGUGUUCCUUUAGCAUUUAAUUCCAUCAAAGGUGCAGGAGGUGCUGUCCCUAUCACACUGGUUGGUGUUACAAAGAUUUACCCCGUUCUGUACAGAGAAAGAUUAAGUAAUGGAGGAUACAUGGUGAGGAAUGAAAGAAUGGAAGCUAAAGCAAUAGAACAAUAUAACCAAAGAAGGUGUAAUGUUGCGGAGGGAGUAGCUGCUGAGUUUCAAAAGGAAAAUAUAGAUAUCAUUAUUGGUAAUGAUUAUGAAAGUGAAGAAGGAGCCAAACUCUUAAAGAUACUUGAGACAGCAGCUGAACCUGAUAUUCUUAUGGCAGAAAUGAGUGUAGAGCAGCUUAACUCAUUUUCUUCUUAUCAAGCUAAAUUAGAGGCCAAGAAACAGUAUCAUAUACAAAGAUCUCUCGACACAGCUCUGGAAGCUGCUGGUCUCACAACAACAAGAGAUGUCACUCCAUUUAUGCGAGUUAGAGUUGUUGGGUUAAUCCGCAAAAGUAGUCGACAAAAAAAUUCCCCAAGAGAAGGCUUAAUUACCAUCUGGAAUCCGACUGAAAAGCAGCAAGUGGAACUCACUGAGGGGCAAGCUUACGAAGUUUCAGGGCUUAUGGCUCAAAGCUCCGAUUCAAGCGCCCUUUAUUUGCAUGCAAAAGGAUCUACAUCAAAAUGGAAACCUUUAUCUCCCUCUGGAAUUCAACAUUUUCAGCCAUUUUUCAUGCCCCGAAGAUCAAUCUCAUUAUCUAACUUAGAUGAAGUUCCUGUAUCAAGAGAAAUUGAUAUUGCUGCACUGGUCAUUUAUGUUGGAGAGCUGUAUACAGUGGCUCAUCAAAAGAAACAAUGGGUGUUUGUAACUGAUGGAUCGAGAACUGCGUUGGAUACUUCAUUGUUGGCAAUUAGCUUUACUUUAGCAAACACCGGAAAUGAACUUUGUAAACUUGCUGGAUCAGUGGUGUGUUUCUUGAAUCUCACUAAGAAAGAUAAAGAUGGAACAAACCAUAUCUGGGUGGCUGAAGGGACAGAGAAUUCAACAUAUCACUUAAAUUAUGAUCACCCGCACUGCUCUCAUUUAAAUUGCUCCAUAGCUUUUCUCCAGGACUGGGUUAAGAAAUCUAGCUCGCGAAUCGAAAAAUUGAAGGGGAAAGUAUUGUCUAUUAUCAGCAAAUCAGUAGGAUAGGUGUUCAGGAGUGCUGCUGAUAGUCUGAAGGGUUGCGGAUUGGUUGGCUCCAGAUCAUAGGAAAGAAUUACUUGAACCGCCAUUUUUGGGUCUAGUUCCGGUCUACUCGGCUGGGCUGUUAUGUUCUCUCCGUUUCAAAUUAACAAUGACAAUUUAUAUGGGCUCUUAGACUAAGAAAUUGGUUCACUACCUAAAUUUUAUUGUAGCAGUGAAAAAGUAGUAAAAUAAAAAGGGGAAUUUUGAGUUUGCACCCCACUUGUUGUGUGAUAUUGGACUUUGCAUCCCAUUUUCAAAAUUAGUAGUACAAUUGUCUAGAUACUGGCCGUUUCUGGUUUUAUUAGGGUUGCGGAUUGGCUGGCUCCAGUUCAUAGGAAAGAAUUACUCGUAUCUUGAACCGCCAUUUUUGGGUCUAGUUCCGGUCUACUCGGCUGGGUUGUUAUGUUCUCUCCGUUUCAAAUUAACAAUGACAAUUUAUAUGGGCUCUUAGACUAAGAAAUUGGUUCACUAUACCUAAAUUUUAUUGUAGCAGUGAAAAAGUAGUAAAAUAAAAAGGGGAAUUUUGAGUUUGCACCCCACUUGUUGUGUGAUAUUGGACUUUGCACCCCAUUUUCAAAACUUUUAGACUUUGCACCCCAUCUACGACAUUUUGCUUAUGGGGUGCAAAGGCAAAGACAUUUUAGGGGAAAUAGGGUGUAAAGUCUAACAGUUUUGAAAAUGGGGUGCAAAGGCAAAAACAUUUUAGGGGAAAUAGGGUGUAAAGUCUAACAGCUUUGAAAAUGGGGUGCAAAGUCCAAUAUCACCCAAAAAGCGGGGUGCAAAGUCAAAAUAUCCCAAAUAAAAAUGACAGUUUUUGGGUUAAUAGGCUGAAGAGGAGUGGCCCAUUACCCCUUAGCAAAGAAAACCCUCAAGGCCCAAUUUGGGAGCGACCCAGUAUGGAAGUCAGCUAGACGCUCGUCCUGUCAUCGAAGACGCCCGACUUCAGUAUCUUUGGCCAAAUAGAGCCAGGUGAUGGGCAAAGAGCCUCGGGGAGGAAAGCCAAUGUAGGCCGAGCGGUGCCAUGUCAUUGUGCUUACUUGGGCCACAGUCAGAAGACCCGGAGAAUGUGCUUGCCAAUCAUGAACCUCCAUAUCAUCCCCACCACUUAUCCCUUGGUAGUAUAAAUAGUAACAUUUAUUUUAUAGUUAGGAGUUGACAACUUAUAUUCUCUAGCAAUAGCAAUGAUCGCCCCUCUUACCAGCUCAGAUAGACGAUCGGCCUAGCGGGCUUGUGGUGACUGGUGAAGUGUGCUGUAAUAGACCCUUAUUAUUGAUUAAUAAAAUAUGGCCCACUUACUACUC